CAUUCAAAGGUAAAGAAGUCGCAUGCUAUCAGCCAUACAGGUAACACAUUUUUCUCAGACUCUUACAUCUAGACAAAUUGCUAAAUCAUACAAUAAAUGUAUAUUCACAAAUGACAAAUGUAAUAAACUCAAUCAUGAUUUCUGUAUUGAAGGGGUUCAAAACAGACAGAAAACCGUAGGCCUUUCAAUUGGUUACUAAGAGACCUUUCUGAUCGUUAAAAUCACGAUUUUAGUCCACUAACUCAUCGGAUGCUUAUGCUGAUGUUAUCAGAAUAAAAGCCAUGUCACAUCAUUAGCUGUGUUCUUACACUAACAUAAGAAUGGACGUUGUAAUUUAGGGGUCGAUAUUUAAAAUUAAUAUGUUUAGUGUACUUAAGAAAAUUGCUCCUUUAUUUAAUAUCAACUAAAAUUUACACAUUUGCAAAUUAAGUUUCAAUAUUAUAGUUAAACUUCAAUUCAACUUUUAGAAAGGGAGCUUUUUUGCAAUAUUGCAGUAAUUCACUUCUUUUUCGCAGAAGCUUUGGCAGAAACAAGAUGUGCAUGAUGCGUACAUUGAAGAUAUUCCUUUUGUUAUUUAUACUAAACAGUAAGUUGUUGAUUAAAAACAAAAUAAUUAAUUAAGUGUUUAUAAAAAUUACUGGCUUAUAUCUAAUUCAAAAUUUCAAGCAAAAUGUAUCAUCUUUACAUUGCGGAAAGAAAUUUAUAUGUGAAACAUUUUAAUAAAUGAUGGGAAAAGAUAUGUUUAGACUUGAAAAAUGUCUUUUCAAAAUAUAUACCAGGCAAGUGCGCCUCUUGUUGGGAGGCUUAAUGUGGAAAGCCAGUUUCUCGCAGAUGACACGUAGCCAUACACGCAUACUAAUCCCUCUCUUGUCGACUCCACUGCACUGACGUUGCGGGAGAGCAUUUUUGAUGUCAAGUCAUGGUUGCCCCUCAGCAAGUUGAAGUUUAACGAUGACAGAACUGGAGUCCUCCUUAUUCACGAUCACAAAUCAUGCUCUAAGUCAGCUCUCCCCACCUCAUUUUAAUUAGCUACUCCGACUCACAGAUUACAUCCUUCGCUAGGAAUCAUGGUUAUAUUCUAUAUAAAAAACUGUCUCAUUAAAAUUAUAUCUUUCACAUUUUCGCUCUGCAAACACUGCUAUCAGACAGAUCAGCCCCACCCCUCACCACCUCACAGUUAUCGCAACAAAUACCCUUUUCUAUGAUCGUGUUCUCUUUUUUCUUGCCUAUUGCAACUCUCUUCUGUCAGGUUCACCUAGACACUUCUUAGAAAAAGUACAAAUGGUUCCAAUCUCAGCUGCUAGGCUAUUUCUAAAGGCAAAAUAAACGUGAUCACUUCACAACACUACUUUAUUGACCUCAUUGGCUCCAUGUAAAAGCAUGGAUUGACUAGAAACUUUCAGUUCUCUGAUUCAAAUUUUUUCUCGAAUUCUUGCCAUUCCUAUGUAACCAAACUUCUCUCUGUAUUUUCAUUUCUUCCUCCGCAGCCGCAUGCGUAUACUUUUUGUCACCAAGACUGGCACCAAAACAUACGUCUCUUUCUUUUUCUGUGCCCCUAAAGAAUGGAAUUCUCUUCCACUACAAAUCUGCAAUAUACCGGCCAUCACAACCUUCGAAUCUUCACUCGAAACACAUCUCUUUUGAAUCUACUAUCCUGACCGCUGAGCGAUAAACAAUGCUACUGGGUGCCUUACAUGGCUUGACAUGUAUAAAUUUAUGGAAUAUGUGGAUUGAAUAUACAACUGUUUUGUUGUAUUUAACUAAUUUACGUUAUUUUAAAAUCAUGAUUAUAUUUGUUGGAGUGUAUGUAUAGCGUUGUGGGCCAAGGCCUAAGCUUGGGAAGCGCAAUACAAUAAACUACUAAUAGUAAUUAUGAUAAUAAGCAAGACGCUAAUUGUUUACAUUUUAAGCUAAAAAGGGUUACAGAUGGAAACAAAAAAAAAAAUAGUCUCGUAUUUUCUUUUCUUUACUGUUACUUUUUACGCAUGAUGUAUAAAAUUUAAAAAAAAAUAGUUUAAAGUAAUAAGCAGUCUACACGGACAUCCGCAAACUAUUAAUAUGUAAUGUAUGCAGCUAAUAAAGAAGUAGAGUAUAAUAUUAACAUAAUGAGUUAAAAAAUACAUUAGCCGUUAAGUUAUUUUAUUACUAUGUAUAAUAUUAGAAAAUUAAUCUAUUUUUAAAUAAUUAUAAAAAUAAUAACAAAGAUUAUUUAAAAAUCACGCUUCAUUCCCAAAGGCUCAAAGCGCGGUACAUACCACAUUGAAGUACAAAAACUACAUACGAGAAUACCCAUUCUAAGUCUUUCAUACCUUGCAACCAUAAACAACACAGGCCAAUAUAAUCUACAAGAUGAUUUCUAGAUAGAUAACAUCACCCCAGCAGAUUUUGCGAAAUAGAUAAGUCUUUAAAUUCGUUUUGAAAGACCCCAGUGUCUGGCUGUUUUUGAGAGCGACAGGAAAAGUGUUCCGAAUUGUAGGGCCAGCAAAUGCGAAAUUGCGUCUUCAGUAAGUCUCAAGGCGAACACGUGGUAUCAAGAUUUUGCCACUAUCAAAUGAGAGAAGUUGUCUAGUGGGUACAUAAGGCAUCAGUAGCACUUUGAAAUAAGACGGCCCCAGGUCAUGGAAGCAGCGUUAGCACAGAGUUUCAAUGUCUUACUCUAUGCGAGCGCGGACCGGCAACCAAUGCAAAUCUCUCAGAUUUGUUUUAGCAUAGUGGAAUUUGCGUUUUCAAAGAACAAUGUGAGUCGCUUUGUUUUGAGCUUUUUGAACUUUAUCCAGGAGCGUAGCUCGAAGACACACCAUAAGAGCAUCGCAGUAGUCCAUGCGUGAUAGCACGAAUGCAGAAAUCAGUCUCUUUGAUGCAUCGAACAUUAAGAAAGGUCUGAUAUGACUAAUUCUGCGAAGCUCUAGAAAAAAAUCACUUUGCAAAGCAUGUUAAUAGGAUUUUACAUAGUUAUAGUUGUGUCUAAGUGGACAUCCAGAUUUUGCAUUGUUUGAGCAAACUCAAUCUGUAUACCUGAGAGAAUAUUUUAACUUUUGAGCGGUAGCAAUGUGGAUCAGCUCAGCCUUUUCAUCGUUCAAUUUAAGCGUGUUUAUAGUCAUCCAAUAUCAUAGAUAUUUCUAAUUUUAUUUUAAAGUAGACAAAAAAUUAUUAGACUAACCUUUCAUAAAUAUUGUACCUUAUUGCAAAGCUUUUAACCGGGAAUGACUGCAAAUGAAUGGGGUUGAACGACUUUGUAUUAUUUAUCAUGUUUUCAGUAAGCUUAAAAUGUAAUCUAAUUAAACACGAAAUUACACUAUAGAUAACACAUUAUUCAUUGAUCUGAAAUCAAAAGAUAUUUGGCAUGCAAUAUAGUGUACUUUGAAAUUAAGAUAUUGUGCGUACAUUAUUAUAUUCGAUGUAGGCGGAGCGUCGGGAGAAAAGGGCCACCAAAUGAACAUAAGUCAAAGAGUGCAGCUGGUGUUGACAAAUAGAAAGUUAUAACCAUCAAAUUCGGCUUAUAGCCAGUCGAAAUGUGCACUUAAAAACUUAAUUUGCAUUUUGAUAACUUUGAUAGAGUUUGUGAAAUUCAAAAGAAGUUUAUGGCUAUGUAGGUUGGGAGAACUGGACAUAGCCACGGGAGAAAUGGACCCUUUCUUGGAAGAAAUGGUCAGCUAACUAUAGAGUGGUUCAAACAAAUUAAUAUGUUACCUAUUUUCUUUCUGUUGAGCUGUAAUGCACCAUACAGUAUGUAAUGUAUUUAAAAGAUAAGCAAAACCAUUUUACAUUUUAUAUAUAUUUAUUGAACAUAGCGAUGUUGAUGUAAUUUGAGCACACAAAAAAAACAGAGUUUUAUUUAACAUUUAAAGAGCUCAGGUUUUCUUUAAAGAGAAAACAUCUUUAGUCCUAGCUGUCCCAGUCUUUUGUAAUUUUGUAAUUUUCCAUUUUAUGUCUUUAAUAUAGGCACACAAGCAAUGACCUCUACGUGUGGUCUUAUAAACUUGCCAGUCACUUUCUCACUUUUUUUAAAAAUUCUACUUCGACAUCUCCAUUUACAUAAUUUUUCUUCCACACAACAGCAACAUAAAACAAAACAGAUUUUUUUUACACUAUACUCACACAGCACACAAUCAUCUUUUAUAACUUCUUCAACAUCAUUCAUUUCAACACAAUUAAUUGUCAAGUCUUCACAGUCUCAAAUAAAAUCAUAACCGCUUAUCAGGUCAAUGUUCAUGUCGAGUCACUAUCGUCACUUGUCCAAAUUGUGUAGCAACUGCACGUAUCGACUUUCCCCUUUAAUGGCAUCAACUGCAUUUUCAUUUUCAUAUCUUCCAAGGGUAUUCGACCACUAUUUGUUUUUCUUGUUUUUUGUCUGCAAGAAAGAAAAAAAAAUAUGGGAAACUUUAAAUUUUCAUCCCAUGGGAAAUUAAAAAUGUUCUUUAAAACAAAAGCUUUAAAAGUUAAGAAGAUUUCAUUUCUACAGUCCAUACAUUAUCAUACCUACAUAUGUAUUUUCUAAAAUUACGUUUCAUGUCUGAUAAUUCAAAAUCUUUAUUUAAAGUUAAUUAACUAUUGUCAUGCUAAAUAUAUUAAUACGUUUGAAUUACUUUAAGAUUCCAUUUGUCCAUAUCUCCCCAUUCUUUUGGCACGUUUCCCCCCACUAUGGGUUUGAUGCAGAAUUUAAAAAAAAAAAAAAUAACUUCGUGAUGCAAAUAAUCAAGUUUAAUAUGAAUCACUGUAACUAACUAAAUAUUAUACAUUAAACUAUAUUUACCUUUAUUCUUGAUGAACCAGUUACAUUUCUAGACGCUUUGAUGAGGUUAGUCCAAAAAAAAAAUUUAAUGCUAACAUUUUACUCGUGAUUCGUUUGUUUCAUUGCUGACCAUAUCAUCUGAAAACUCUUAGAAAACAAAAAAAAAAGAAGUAAGUUAUGCAUUCAUUUAGUACCGAAACAUUUUGGUCCAAUAGAUUCAAUUUUAUAGGGGUGGUCCAUUUCUCCCACCUGUCCAUUUCUCCCGACUCUCCCCUACAACAAUUUUAUUUAUAAGAAUUGUUGUAGAUGUAUAUUGAUGUUUCAUUAAUUUUUUUUUUUUUUAAUUAACAGAAUUCUCUUUUGGCCAAAAAAUAGAAAUGUUUGAGAUACGUCAAGAAGACAGCAAUACUACAUGCACUUCAGGUUUUCUAAGUAACAUUGACCGGUUAUUCUUUAAUACAACGGUUACAUUCAGAAAUGAGUUACAGAAUAACUCAAUUGUGACAUUUGAAAUUAGGCCAAAGACCAGCAACGAAUCUCAAAUUGUAAGUUGUUGUAUACUGAAUAAAUUUAGAGAAAGUGGGUACAAUAAAACAAUAUUAAAAUGCUAAUUUUAUCUUAGUAGCUUUAGAUUAGUUAAAAGUUGCCUGAAGAAAAUUUUUAAAACUUCUAUGGAAAUGACAUAGAAAAUCUUUUAAAAGUAAACCAUUUUAUUAGAAUUUUAAAUAGAAUAUUAAAGCAGUAAUUUAAAACAGUAAUGUACAAUGAAUGUUUGAUUUAUUCCCCAGGUAUUUGCUUUAAACUUUACAUCAGAAUGUAUAGAAAAUAAAAAGACUGGAAACUAUUACCACUGUUCAAAAAUUUCUGAUAACGCAUAUAACAUUUCAAUAUAUUCAGAAGUAUCCGAACAAUUCAGUGAAGCUUCUAUCAGAGGUUUCAUAAAAAAUAAUAAUCAAACUGAAAUGGCUAGUGAUCAAAUGACAUUACCUAAAAUAUUUGGUAAGUAAUUUUAUGUAUUGUUACGUUUCUUUCUAGUUCAUGAAGGAAACAGUUGAUUUAAAAUAAACAUUUAUUUUAAAAGCUAGUUUAAAAGUGUACGAGUAAAAUAAAAAUAAUAAAAUACAAGACAGCACAAUGGGAAUGAUAAAUACAUGCACAUUUUAAAUGAAUUUAAUAAUUCUUCGAAAUAGUAUUGUUAAUAAUAAAGACAACAGUUCAGAUUCUUCUAAGGUUACACAUUCCAUGUACUACUAACCUCGAUUACUAACUUUAUAGAACCAGCCUAUACAUCAACAUUGCAAAUACAAUAAAAGACAUUAACCUAUCAUCUCUUUUUACGUCAUUUUUUUUUUAAAGAACCGAAUGAGAAGCGAGCAUAGCCAAAUGAACUCUGGACAAGGAUUUUGUUAGUUAAUAUUUAAACUAUGGCCGUUUUCUAUUAAUUACAAAUUUUGACGUUAUAUUUUUUUCAGAACCAACAGAUGUCACGGGAAUAUUGAGUGUAAAUGAAAAAAAUAUGACCGAUAAAGCUAAUUGCAGCUUUAUUAUUGAUAAAGAUCAUUUAAUUAUUGAAUAUAUUUGUAUUGCACAAGCCUCGCCCUGUUUAGUUGAAAUAUCAUCCAAUGAUUCAACCAAGGUAGAAGCAGGGGAAAAGCGAGUUGUCUUCAAACGGUUUUUAUACCAAGACGUUUCGCUCGAAGUCAAAAUAAAGUAUGCACUCUGUCGACUUGACUUUGGAUAUAAUACUUUGGAGUGUAUUGUCACAAGACGUAAGGUCCUUAAACAUUAUCGUUGUUGAUAUCUCUAAUCUAUAUUAACUCACAAAUUUAGACAAGUCACUUUACUUAUGGUAUAAUGUUUAAAUGUCCAGUUUAAAUCAUCCAAACCUCAGACGCUACGUAAAAGAGAAAGUAAAAUGGAAUGCUUUGAAAAACUUUCCAAAAAUUAAAAUUUAAAGCUCAAAAUUUUGUUGUAUCAUUGAUGCAGUGAAACGCUUGCUAAGCUUCUUUUAUGAGCCCAUUUUACACCCAAUCGAGGAUAAACUUAAUAAUUAUUACGAAUUUGUUUAUUAACAUUUAUUCAUUAAAAACAAACAGGUGGCCAACUUCAGAAAAUAACUAUGAUAAUAGUUUUAAUUACGGGAAUCCCAACAGCAUUGGUUCUGUUUUUUUUAAUCUACAGGUAAUUAUUAGUUCAACGAUCAUCUUCUAAUCUAGUUAGAUGUCUAUCUCCAUUUGCUCCUUGCAUUUCUGUCUUUUUUUUAUCUUUUAAUGUAGUAUGCACUCGUUAAUCCAAGCAUUUGUUAACCAAUCCAUUUGGUCAUGAAACUAUUCAACAAUCAAUCCGUAAGCGGACUAUCGAUUGUUUUUUUUUAUAUUAACUAGCCCAUUUUCUAGAUAAUGAAACACUUAAAAAUUAUUAUUCAUUUUUUUUUUUUAAAUUUAAUUUUACUUUCCUAGCUUCUUUAAAAUGAUCACAAACAAGAGGAGAUCAGGUAAAUACACUUUUAAUAUAUUAGAUUUAUUAGCUCAAAUUUUACCAACACCAAAAAACAUAUUUAUUGAAUAGAUAAAUUGAGAAUCUUCCUAUUUUCAAAUAUUUGUUUCAAUUUUCAAUAGAAUGGCGCAAAAUGAAUAAUUUAUAGUUGUUUGUAAAUAAGAAAAGGGCGUUGAAGCCUACACAAAAUCGGUAUUUGAAUCAAAAUAUACAUGCAAUAUUAUCUUCUAGCAAGUGAAUUUUAAAAGUCAGAUUAUAUAUAUAUGUAUGUAUAUAUAUAUAUAUAUAUAUAUAUAUAUAUAUAUAUAACUGUGUAUCAUUUUUUUAUCAGUAUUAUUCAUUGUUUGAUAAAGUAACAUGUUUUGAAAUUAUAUAAAAUUAAAAUAAAAAGACAUCUCAUAGCAAGUGAAUUUUAAAAGUCAGAUUAUAUAUAUAUGUAUAUAUAUAUAUAUAUAUAUAUAUAUAUAUAUAUAUAUAUAACUGUGCAUCAUUUUUUUAUCAGUAUUAUUCAUUGUUUGAUAAAGUAACAUGUUUUGAAAUUAUUUAAAAUUAAAAUAAAAAGACAUCUCACUUGGAUAUAUAAUGUAUUUCAAAACAGAAAAGUGCGAAAUUCACAGGCAUUCACUAGCUUCUCAUGACUUAAUGGCGAAGCUUCGGCCAUCGUCACAUUUGAACUAAAUUCGGUUGUUAGAGGCAGCCACUACUCUACUAAAGGUCUAUCUAUAAGCUGCCACUUGGUCUUCUCCAGCAUAACUUCUAUGCUGUUUAAAUACCAACUGUCACAAAAGUCACAUUUACGAUUUUUCAAUUCAAUAUUGUAAUCAUUUCUCCUUUUUUCCAUAGCAUUGAUUGAAAGCGAUUAUGAGGAAGCAGAGCCUCUAAAUAUAAAUG